AAGUUCAGCGUGCAGGAAGUUUAGGGACAGCUCGGAGAGUAACUUGGCAGCUGUGACUGCUGUUUCGGGUGGUGUGGGGUUUCUUGGUUUGGGGUUUUUUUGUGGUUUUUGUGUGCUUUUUUUUCCUUUUCUUUUUUGUUUUGUUUUUCUUUUUUUUUUUCUUUUUCCCCCUUGCAUACAACUCCCCCAAACACACAAGCAGCACUCAACAGAAACAACCAAAAGUCCGGGAAAGGAGAACAAGAGAGAGGGAAGCAGCCUUGGCGGGGAGAGCCGGGUUUCUUUGCAGAGACAGUCCCGUUCACAGCGGAUCCCAAUGCAACUGCUCAUCCUUCUCCUGUUCUACGCUGUCGUCUGCGCGAACUUUUGCAGCCGUCAAGGCACCACUGCCCCUGCCCAGAGCGGAUCUAUAAAAGCCUUGCGGUCCUCCAAUAUCAGGCGAGAUGAGAGCAAUCACCUCACAGACUUGUACCGAAAAGAAGAGAGCAUCAGCGUGGCAGGGAACGGCUGCAUCCACAGUCCUCGCUUCCCCAGCAGUUACCCCAGGAACCUCCUCCUGACAUGGCGGCUCCACUCCCCAGAGAACACCAGGAUCCAGCUGGCUUUUGAUAAUCAGUUUGGACUGGAGGAGCCCGAAAAUGAUAUCUGCAGGUAUGACUUUGUGGAAGUGGAGGACAUAUCAGAGACCAGCACAGUUAUACGAGGACGGUGGUGUGGACACAAGGAAGUACCUCCAAGAAUAACAUCAAGAACAAAUCAGAUAAAGAUAACCUUCAAAUCCGAUGACUACUUUGUGGCUAAACCUGGAUUCAAGAUUUGUUACUCCCUUGUGGAUGAUUUCCAGCAUGCAUCCUCAGAAACCAACUGGGAGUCAGUCACAAGCUCUGUCUCAGGGGUAUCCUAUCCCUCUCCAUCAGUGACUGACCCAACGCUCACAGCUGAAGCACUGGAUCAGACCAUUGCUGCAUUUGACACAGUGGAGGACUUGCUCAAACACUUUAAUCCAGACUCCUGGCAAGAAGAUCUUGAGAAUUUGUACACAGACAGUGGCCACCAUUAUCGAGGCAGGAGCUACCAUGACAGGAAGUCCAAAGUUGACUUGGACAGGUUGAAUGAUGAUGUGAAACGUUACAGCUGCACUCCGAGAAACUACUCCGUCAAUUUAAGGGAGGAACUGAAGCUGACAAAUGUAGUUUUCUUCCCUCGCUGUCUCCUUGUCCAGCGAUGUGGAGGAAACUGUGGCUGUGGGACAUCAAACUGGAAAUCCUGCAUGUGCAUGUCAGGGAAAACAGUGAAAAAAUAUCACGAGGUGCUGAAAUUCGUCCCUGAGGCUGGGCAUCCCAGAAGAAAAGGUAGAACCAGGAACAACAUGUCCUUAAUAGAUAUACAGCUGGAUCACCAUGAGCGUUGUGAUUGUAUCUGCAGUUCAAGGCCACCUCGAUAAAAAAUAAAGAUAAGAAAAAACCAAGACACACUAAUUGCAGCUUACCAAAUGUUUACUUUUAAGCAGGAUUGCUCUGAGGACCUUUACUCACUAAUCAUUUGAACUUUGCUACUAGGCUGCGUUUGCAAUUAGCAAAAAUGAUCGCUGUGUUUCAGCAUAGCUGUGCUGAUUAGUGCCAUGGCAGCUGAACAGGUAUAUCAUAGAUUUAUGUAUCAGCAUCCAAGAAUAUAGGAUUAUGAUUAUCUGUAGCUAGAUUCUGAGGGUGGAGAUUUUUAAAGCUCAUUUGUAGUCCUUAGGCACACAAUGCUGACUGAUAUUAAACAUCAGUUGCGUAGGCAUUUAUGGUAGCUGGCAAUGAAAUAAUGUUUCUGUUUCUCACUCACUAGUUCUUACACUCAAAUUCUGCUGCCAUUUCUACCUGCUUAAUUCUCCUGACAAUCAGUAGGGUUUUGUGGGUAUAAAUGAGGAGAGAAUUUGAGCCUGUAUGAGUGCAAAAUGAUUUGUCCUGCUCCAAGAAGGAACUUCCCAGCAUUACAGCCCAACAGAGUGAGAUAUAAUGAGGAAAAUCCAUCACUACAUGAAACAACACACCAGUAAAGUCAAUUCUGACUGUUUGUACUGGAGCAAAUCAUGUGCUGAAAUGAGUAGAUGCUUUGGAUAAACUGGCACACUGGUGGUAGUAGUGGGGUGCAGAGGCUGGUACUUUUUCCGUGAUGACUGCAUGGGAGCCAUCAGCAUGGUGCUUCUGCGAGAGGGGACUCCUGCCAGGUCCCCAGGCAAAUCCCUAUGGGCUGGGCCAGUUCUAGUCUCUACCUACCUGGAUUGGACUCCUACCCCUUGCCCAGAGCUGCCCACAGUUGCCCAAGAGGAGCCCCCUCCACAAAAAAAGGGAGAGACAACCCUCCCCUUGUAUCUCCCUUGCUGCGGUUUGAGGAGUGCCAUAUUUCCCUACACAGGCAAUGAAGAUGGGGCACUUGUUUGUUGAAAAUAUUGAUUUGUUUUGCAGUUGUGUUACUGGGAAAUAAAACUGUGCUUGAGAUUUAAUUAUUGUUAUUUGGUUUGGGGUUUGUUUGUUUUAAAAAUGAAUUAUUAUAACUUUGUCAUAUAUGCAUUAAUCUUAGUUAUCAGACGUUAGUUUUCUCAUUUCAGCUCUGUGUAUUGCCAUGGUUAAACUUUUGUCAGUGAAUUUCUUUUUGAUUGCAUUCUGCUGAGGCAUAUUUGCUCAUUAAGCAAUGUCUGUCUGUCAUGGAAAAUGUACAUCAUUUAUUAACUUCCAGAAGAAUAUUAUUAAACAUCAUUUCAUAAUUAAUAAAAUAAGCACUUUAAAACCUACGGCAUAGCUUCCUAUAAAGUGCUCUAGCUGAGAAAGGAAAAAAACCCUUCCAAACUAGCUUUAAAGAUUUUUAAGUGCUGCUCCAGAAGAGUAAAAUCUGUGCAAAUUUAAGUGCCGCAAAUUGGAGUUUGUGUCAUGAAUGUAACAGGGGGAACUGAGCAGCACAUGUAAUGGCUGAGGUUUUAUAUUUAAUAGCAGACAUAGGCAGCCCUGAUUCAUCUUGUUUGUGUUGCCUCUUGUGUUUUUGUAUCUUUGAAAGAGUGAAGUAGUUUGAAAAUAGCGUGUUAUAAUUAGUGGAAACUGGCAUGUACUAUAGUGUAACAUUGAGCAAUAAUAUUUUAGCAAUCUACAGUUUUGUUACAAAAGUGCCCUAACGUUCUGACUUUAUCAGCUGAAGUAUUUUGUAAGUGAUCUUUUAUAUUUUUAGACAAACUUUACUGAAACAUCCUUUAGAAGUGUUGUGUUGCUUUCUUUCCUGUACUUUAACCUUUGAGGUUCAAAGUGUGUGGAAUUUUUAUUAUUUAUAUUAAUUUUUCCUCUCUGGCUCCCAGAUAUCUAUUUUUAAAUGCUCCUGAGUGCUGACUUGGGAAGAGAUUCAUCAUUUUGAAAGCAAUUCACAUUAAAAGAACACCACUGUAACCAAAGAUUGCCAGUUUCAUUUCCUAGUUCAGGACUGUUUAAGGAGUAAUUCAUUCUUUUUCUGUCUCCAGCUUAGUAACAUGAUUGACCCAGCCAUCAUAUACUUUUAGCUAAUUUUGGAAGAAAUUUGCAUGCAAUUGGCAUGACAUUGGCAGACUUGGCAAUGCUGAUCAUUUUUGAGACAGUGUACUCCAAUGUAUAUUUCUGACUGAAUUAUGCCCAAAUUAUGCCUGAGUGCUCUGACCUCACAGCAUUGGUUGUAGGAAAUAUUAGUUUCAUAUAACUUCUUGCUUUGAAUGGUCCUUUCAUUCCCACUCUCCCGCAGAGGAAAAUGUGCACCAGAUAUUCACUGCACCUGGCAUCUCCCAUGUACCUCUGCCUGCUCAGUCUCCAACCUAACAGCCAUGUGUUGGAAGGGGUAUGCACAUCUCCUAUUUUGGGGGGAUCCAGCUUUGUCUGGAACCCUAAGCUUCUGCUACAGGUGAUUGAGAGAGAGAGCCUCUUCCAAAGUGUGCCUUAGCUCCCAGGUUGAAGUCACUCAAUGUGGGAGCUUUCUCUGACUAUGCAGAAAGAUCAGAAACCAGAUUUGAGCAAAGGUAGAUGAUAUGAAUACUCAUUCUAAAGGCUGAACAGCUGCUAAUUUAACUAACUGAAUUAGAUAUAGGCAGCAAUGGAUGCCAAGGUCCAGCAGAAAAAUUCCUCUGCAAAGUAAAGAGAGAUUGGUAUAAUAGGGCUUAUCCUCUUGCUUAAUGUUGGGUUUACUUUCUUAAAUGUAGGCUAACGAGUCACAAAAUUUAACAUAUUACUCCUGGGACACUUAGUAAUGAGUGGAACUAUUUGUGGCUUUAUGUUGCAGUGUGAAGUAAGAAAAAAAUCCCCGAAACCCAAGCCCCAGACUGCAGUGACCCUGGUGAAACCAACAAAACUUUUUAUUUAUUAGCAGAAAUUACAGAGAUGUUUUUCUAUGCAUUUAUUUUCUCCUUUGUCUAUGUAAUAAUUGCUAUGUUGUUUACAUACUAUUAUAACUUAAAAGCUAUUAAAAAAACUAAUCUGGUUAAUUUUUAUUGGUGGAAUUGGAACUCCCCAAAAUAAAUAUUUUUUCAAAGGAAAUUCAGAAAGAUUCUUAAUUUCAAACCACUCACUAGCUUUCUAUUUACUGUAUUCUUCCAGGAUAGAGCCUAUUUCUCAAGUGCAAUUUAUACAGGGUUUUUUUUGUUAUCUCAGUUAAAUGCAGCUUUCCUAGCAGUAUUUUUACU